AUGGUGCUUAUCGAGAACACGCGGCGAGAAUGCAAAACAGGAAAGCUUUUCGCAGUUCCCAUCCAGAAACCCCGACGAACGGACGUAACACCCCAAAAAACAGCACGAGGUGACAUCACUCCAACGGUUCGGAUAGGAUUUUCUGAGGAGCGGGAGCAAGAAAGUCGUCGCAUGGAGCGCAUGUUCGCUGGCGGUGAGGUCAUCGCGCCAGGCGGCUCCGGCGGCGGAGGACCUUUGCCCGGGCAGUCCAUGCGAGACUCCAUCCCAGAGACGGGUCCACCACGCUCGAUCCCAGAUCGCGAACGAGACGCGUACUACCGUCAGGCACACGGCGGUCCAGCGCCAGAGGAUACGCCCGGCCAACUGAGUGCCCAGAGUCUCAUAGACGCCAUCAUCAAGCACGAGAUCGAUCGCACCAACGACGCAACCGCAGGUCCGAGUCGCGAGUUCCCGCGCCCGACCUUCGUCCACGCUCCGCUGCCGCCACGCCGCUCCGGACCUCCGCUCGGGCAGUUCAUGCGGUCCUCCGUUCCAGAAACUGGUCCACCACGCUCGAUCCCAGAUCGCGAACGAGACGCGUACUACCGUCAGGCACACGGCGGUCCAGCGCCAGAGGAUAAACCCGGACAACUGAGCGCCCAGAGUCUCAUAGACGCCAUCAUCAAGCACGAGAUCGAUCGCACCAACGACGCAACAGCAGGUCCAAGUCGCGAGUUCCCGCGCCCGACCUUCGUCCACGCUCCGCUGCCGCCACGCCGCUCCGGACCUUCGCCCGUGCAGCUCAUGCGGACCUCCGUUCCAGAGACGGGUCCACCACGCCCGAUCUCAGAUCGCGAACAAAACGCCGCCCAGAGUCUCAUAGACGCCAUCGUCAAGCACGAGAACAACAAACUCCGCACCAACGCCGCAACCGCAGGUCCGUAGCUCCAGCCAAUAGCUGAACCCAAUUUUGAUAAACUAAACUAGGGCCCAACCACCUGUUUCCCCUCGAAUCGUGUCCUUAAUGUCGCCUAAAUGUAUCUUGUAUCUAUUGGUGUGUCCUUGUUCUUUCGUGGCAUCCGUGAAAACGUUUCCUCCUCCUCACACAGCUCUAACCUCAGCACCCCGAGUCAACAAUAUAGAUAUAUAUAUAUACAUAAAAAACUAGAAAUCACACCAUACACUUAUAUAUACAAUACACAUCUAUGAUAAU